AUGGAGGGGCUCUCAAAGUUGUCUACGAUGGUGAUUGUGUGCAUGUUAGUGGUCGCUCCAAUGGCGUCCGAGGCAGCAAUCUCGUGCAGUGCAGUCACAAACAACCUGAGUCAAUGCAUUGGCUACCUUUUUCGAGGUGGUUUCAUUCCUCGAGCAUGCUGUUUCGGCGUUCAGAGGCUCAACAACAUGGCUCGGACCACCCGCGACCGCCAACAAGCAUGCCGUUGCAUCCAGGAAUCAGCUAGAGCCUUGGGUUCUAGACUUAACCCAGGCCGUGCUGCUGGUCUCCCUCGUGCUUGCCAUGUUAGGAUCUCUUACCCUAUCAGCGCUAGAACCAACUGUAACAAGUAA